AUGCGGAGAACAGUUACCGUUUUUUGGCAAUAUGGCAUCCACACCCCUCGUGGUGUGGCGUAUCACGGCGCCAAGAUGAAGCAUUGGCCGGAGCAAAAAAUACCUGAGAAUUUCAAAUUUACGGAGGAGCAGCGCUUUAGGGCGAAAGCCAUUCCUCGAGAUGUUGGGAAGAUACCCCGCAACUUUGUCCUCAGCGUCCUCUAUCGCCACCAGCCGUGCGAGGUGGGUGGCCUUUGGGAGUACUGCACCAACGACCCUGAGGUAGUUCUCGACAGCAAACGACAUCUGCGUGAGGUGCUGCAGCAGGCAAGAGAGGAGGGUUUUGUAACGUUUGAGCGGGACCCCGUUUCAAAUGAAUGGCUCUGUUUUCUCACACGGGAGCGUUUCGAGGAGGUGCGACAAAUUGCUGGAGCAAAAGCUGAGGUGUCGGAAGUCCACUCGGGGCUGCGUGGUUUUAGCGCGGCGGAGACGUCGUCAUAUACGGAGCGAUUUAAGGAAAUGAAUGAGACAGCAAAGGAGGAACACGCACGUCGUCUUGAGGAGGAGGUGACAGCCACCACACGGCACCUGCGUUCCUUUCAGCGGAGGGAGGUGGACUACCUACCGUACACGGAUCUAAACGGAAAAGUCAACUUUAUGUGGUGGUACGAGACGAGGGACGUGCUGCAGAAGGGAGGUAAUGCACUCCCCGACUCUAGCGGAGGCACGCUGCCGGGUGACCCUGAUAAUGGCGAGGCACGUCUUGAUAGAUGA